CUUCAGAGCGGAGAAACAGCGCGAUGAAGAGCGUCGCCGACCCGGCAUCAUGCGCCCCCGGCUCUCGAGGACCGCCUGCCUGCUGCGACUCGCUGCCCUCUACAUCCUCCUCUCGCGCUCAGCCGCUUAUUUCGGGCUGACGGGCAGGGAGCCCCUGCCGGCGGAGCCCUCCUCCUCCUCCUCCUCGGAGCGGGCGCACCUGAAGCAGUGCGAGCAGCUGGCGCUGAGCCGGCGGCAGAAGCGCGUGUGCCGCCGCGAGCCCGGGCUGGCCGGCGCGCUGCGCGAGUCCGUGCGCCUCGGCCUGCUGGAAUGCCGCUACCAGUUCCGCCACGAGCGCUGGAACUGCAGCCUGGACGGGCGCGCCAGCCUCCUCCAGCGAGGGUUUAAGGAGACGGCCUUCCUGCUGGCGGUGUCCUCCGCCGCCCUGUCCCACGCCCUGGCCAGGGCCUGCAGCUCGGGGCGCAUGGAGCGCUGCACCUGCGACGACUCCCCCGAGCUGCAGCACCGCGAGGCCUGGCAGUGGGGCAUCUGCGGCGACAACCUCAAGUACAGCACCCGCUUCCUCAAGAGGUUCCUGGGGCAGAAGCGGGCCGGCAAGGACCUGCGGGCCCGGGUGGACGCGCACAACACCAACGUGGGCAUCAGGGCGGUGAAGAGCGGCCUGAAGACCACCUGCAAGUGCCACGGGGUUUCGGGGUCCUGCGCGGUGCGCACCUGCUGGAAGCAGCUGUCCCCCUUCCACGACAC